AUCCGUAGCGUUCAUUAGCUCUCUCGCUCUCGCGCCCUCUCUUUCCUGCGAGAAUCUCAGAGGAGCGGUAGAUCUGAAGAUCCCCGAAGCCACUCCCAUGGAGGUCGAGAAGCGGCGGAAUCGGGAAGCCGGAGAGGAGGAGGCGGCCAUCGUAGCCUCCGGCCUCCUCCCCCUCGCCGGCCCUUCUCAGCAACCCUACGUCUCCGAGCUUCUCUCCUUCACCCUCGAUCGCCUCCAUAAGGAGCCGGAGCUUCUCCGCGUGGAUGCCGAGCGCAUUCGGAGACAGAUGCAAGAAGUGGCCGUCAGUAAUUACCGGGCCUUCGUCGCCGCGGCUGAUGCCCUUUCCUUCAUCCGGGAGAGGCUCACCGACUUCGACAAGCAUCUGGAGUCCCUGGUAACGGAUAUUCCAAGUCUUACGUCUGGUUGUACUGAGUUUGUUGAAUCUGCACAGCAAAUUUUGGAGGAGAGAAAGCUCAACCAGACAUUACUUGCCAAUCAUAGUACUUUGCUUGACCUGCUCGAAAUUCCACAGCUAAUGGAUACAUGUAUUAGGAAUGGUAAUUAUGAUGAGGCCCUUGAUUUAGAAGCUUUUGUUCACAAACUAUCGAAGAUGCAUGCUGAGUUACCUGUCAUUCAGGCACUGGCUGCAGAAGUCAGGAAGACAACACAGUCUCUACUAUCUCAGCUUCUUCAGAAACUUCGAUCUAAUGUUCAGUUGCCAGAGUGCCUUCGUGUUGUUGCACAUUUGCGGCGUAUGGGAGUAUUCAGUGAAUCUGAAUUGCGUUUACAGUUCUUAAGAUGUAGAGAGGCAUGGCUUUCAGGCAUUCUUGAUGAUUUGGACCAGAGGAAUGUUUAUGAAUAUUUGAAAGGAAUGAUAAAUUGCCACAGGAUGCAUCUAUUUGAUGUGGUUAAUCAAUACAGAGCAAUAUUCAGCAAUGAUAAAUCUAGGAAUGAGGAGAAUUAUGAUGGUGGACUUCUUUUUAGUUGGGCUAUGCAUCAAAUUGAAAAUCACCUUAGCACUCUGGAGGCCAUGCUUCCCAAGAUCACUGAUGGUGGAUCGCUGUCAAAUAUACUUGAUCAGUGCAUGUAUUGUGCAAUGGGUCUUGGCUUGGUUGGAUUGGAUUUCCGAGGCUUGCUUCCACCAAUUUUUGAAGAUGCAGUUCUCAACUUAUUUUCAAAGAAUAUGAGCACAGCGGUUGAAAAUUUUCAGGUUGUCUUAGAUUCACAUCGUUGGGUUCCCUUGCCAUCUGUUGGCUUCACAACCAAUGGAGCAAUUGAUGAAAGCCAUGAUGAUGUGAAUCCACCUUCUAUUUUAAUGGAGCAUCCACCUAUUGCUGUGUUUGUUAAUGGUGUGUCAGCAGCUAUGAAUGAAUUACGACCCUGUGCCCCGGUGAGUCUAAAACAUGUUCUGGCUCAGGAGGUUGUCAAGGGACUGCAGGCUGUUUCCGACUCUCUAGUUAGAUACAACGCCAUUCGGGUGCUCCGUGGGAAUGAGUCUAAUCUUUUCCUUUCACUCUGUCAAGUAUUCAUCGAGGUUGCAUGUCCUUAUUGUGCAACUUGCUUCGGUCGCUGUUAUCUUAAUGGAGCAACCUUGAUCAUAGAAUGUAGGAGUAUUUUUGAUGGUGUCAGCCAACUUUUGGCAAUCUCCCCUGUUAAAGGACUUAAAAACUCCGCAGAGAAUACAAAAGUGAAGCAAACAACUGAAAAUGUAGAUGCUUUGGUGGUUGAUAAUGGACCCGCUGAUAGCGAAGAAUCUGGGGUUGCUAAUACAGAUCAAAGUGGCAUUGGGUCUGUUCAGACAGAAAUGCAAACCAGUGCAUAAAAGGUUCCUGUUUGAUCUGCUAAUAUCUGGAUAAAGCUGGGAAGUUCUGCAAUUAUGCUGUUUUCCAUGUUUUUCCCUUCUGCACUUCUUCAACGGGGAUUCAGAAUAUACUAUUAAAGAUUGGUGCAGCAUUUUUUCUAAACUCAGUUUUGUAUGCACUUGGCAUGAUUGACAUCAGCGAGGUUCAUUGUUAUUUAGUCAAGUCAGCAUUAUGGACCUGGCCCUCGAGAUUUUCGUUAUCAAUGCAAAGCUUCCAUAGACUCGCCCGCACUGUAGCCCAGAAUUUUACAGGCUUCUUUUUCUGCGAUCAAUUUGUCAUUUAUUUGUUAUAAAUGCGAGCUUUUUCUAGCAUACUACAGUAGUGCAUUGUGAUCUUAUUUGAUAUCAGUGUACAUUUUCGGAAUGUAAAUCAAAUGAAAUUCAAAGUAUAUCAUCAAAAACUACCCUCUUGAUAAUAUUGUAA